CCUUUUUUCUUUUUUUUAAUCUCUCUAACUUCUACAGGCAUCCAAUCAUUUUUCUUCCAAAUUAUACAAAACUUUCCUACCACAUGCACACCUAUUAGAGAUUCCCUGUAGGCUUUCAUAAUCUCGAUAGGGAAUAUAGAAUUAGCAAUGCAACAAUAAGAUAACAAACAAAGUUUUUUCUAAUCCUUCUUUUACUAACUUUAACAGAUGUUAGCAAGGCAUAAUUCAAUCUAACUUUAACAAGACAAAGUACAUAAUGCCAAUCAAUGGAGAUAAGGCAUUUCUAGAGGUAGUAAAGAAGAGUCAUGCUAAUAUAAUACUAUGUUAAGCUUACAUAUUCCUAACAUUUCUUUUCCCUAACCAUCACAUCCUUUUCCAAUUUUCUUUUUCAAGAAGGCACAAGAGUGACAACUCCAUAAAAUGCUAGGCAUAGAAGAGGUGUCACUUAUGCCUUUUUUUUCACAAUAAUUUAAUCAUUCACAUAUAAGUUGAUAGCUUGGCAGCAUUAUUAGUACAUGAUUUGUUUAUUCUCGCAUGUUUCCACUAUGCACUUUUAUAAAUACAGCUUCUUUCCCCUCUACAUCCCUUAUCCUCUCCCUACCUAUUUACUCCUGCAAAUCCAAUCUGAUUUCUUCAACUUCACAAGUCCUUUUGUAAGCACAAACCAUGGGUUUUGUUGGAAUUUAUCUACUUGUUUUUCUAGCCAUUUCCAAAAGAAUUCAAGGUUAUGGAAGUGGAUGGUCUAGAGCUCAUGCUACCUUCUACGGAGGAGGUGAUGCUUCUGGUACAAUGGGGGGAGCUUGUGGCUAUGGAAACCUUUACAGCCAAGGAUAUGGAACAAGCACAGCUGCUUUGAGUACUGCUCUAUUCAACAAUGGACUAACCUGUGGAGCAUGUUUCAAAAUCAAGUGUGUAAAUGAUGCCAGGUGGUGCUUACCAGGUUCCAUCAUUGUCACUGCAACAAACUUUUGCCCUCCAAAUAAUGUUCUUCCAAGUAAUGCAGGAGGCUGGUGCAAUCCUCCUUUACAACACUUUGAUCUUUCUCGACCUUUUUUUCAACACAUAGCUAAUUUCAAGGCAGGAAUAGUCCCUGUUCAGUACAGAAGGGUGGCUUGUAGGAAAACUGGGGGGAUAAGGUUCACUAUAAAUGGUCAUUCAUACUUCAAUCUUGUCCUUGUAACAAAUGUUGGUGGUGCUGGUGAUGUUGUAUCUAUCUCCAUCAAAGGAUCUAGAACUGGUUGGCAGCCAAUGUCUCGCAACUGGGGCCAAAAUUGGCAAAGCAACUCUUAUCUAAAUGGUCAAGCACUCUCUUUUAAGGUCACAACAAGUGAUGGACACACUGUCAUCUCCAACAAUGUUGCUCCCCCUAACUGGUCGUUUGGCCAAACCUUCACUGGCAGACAGUUUUAGCUCUGAUAUAGUCUAGACCUGAACUAACCAAAUCAACUUCAAAAUCUAUACGAGUUUCAAAACCGCUACAUCUAAUUAGUGCUGAUCAAUUAAUUAUGUAAGCACUUUGAAAUGUGUUAGUUUGUAAUAUAAUGACAAUGGUGUCAUAUUAUAGCAAUGCGGGACCUUUUAGCCAUGGCCCCAAAUGCUUUUGUUGCUGUACUUCAACCCUAUGAAAGGGUUAAUGAUUUGUGGUGAAAAUGGUCUCUACCAUUCUUCUUUCUCAUGUUCUUGUAGAAAUUGGAAGAGUUUCACCUCCUUAGUUUUGAGAAGGGAGGGUCAGAAAAAUUAUAUUGAUUACCCUGUUAUUUUUCAGGUUUGUGGGUUAUUCUUCAUUGUAUUUUAGGCUUGUAGCUGGGAAAUAAGUAGCGUUGAUGGUAUGGACAGGAGGCGAAAAGUUUCCUUUUCAGAAUGUAGUGAAUGAUGUAUACUGGCUUGGAAGUUUCUUGCUGGGUUGGACACUGUAUUGUAAACUAGUUGUUCAAUAAAAUAUGUUCUCUGUCAAAACA